CAAAUGUGAAUGGAAUUAAUCAGAUUUAAAUAAGGAAUAUAUAAAACAUAUCGACGUUGCUAUGUUCAAAUAUUUUGACGAGUUUUACAAGGCGGCUCUUUAUCACUUCAUAGUGAGUGCAAUAUGCGCCGCAUUGUUCGCUCUUGGUUUGGAAUAUUCCCGAGGUGAAGAUGGGGAUGAUGUGGUAGAUUACUACAUUCCAUCUAUUGUACUCUCCGCUAUUCAAUGUUCACUGUCAAUUGUCUCUAUAUUGUUGUUUGCGUUAACGAGGGGAUGUCCAGCUGCUGUAGGAACAUUUGGAAGCAAGACUGAAAAACACUAUCAAAGAUUGAAAACCGCUCAUGGUUUAUUUACAAUAUUAAGUUUCGCAUGGGGUUUUGUCGGAUCUAUCAUGGCAGCAGUUUCGGGAAUAUGUAAGAAACAGGACAAAUGCUCGUAUGCAGUAAACAUUGGAAUUAAUCGUGCACUAGCUAUAAUAAUUAUUGUUAUGCACGUACUGAACGUAGCUGUGUCGUAUAUCACGAUUUCUACAUCGCGUUCUAAAUCGAGAACAACACCAUUUGUCGCCACGAGUAGUAAAAAAGAAACAGUAAUGUCAGUCAAUGAAACAGCUUCCCAAAAGUCGAAAUUAUUACAGAACAAUGAGAUUGAGCUUACACAACAUAAGAAAGUUUCACAAGGUGUGGAGAAGCCUCGGCUUUUAACAAGGCGGCAUAGUUUAGAAAUGUUACCUAGACCACACAAAAAAGGUACAAAAGAUGAAUAUUAUGAUGAUUCCCUGCUUAGUAACAAAAUAAACAGUCGUCCUAGAAUCAGUGAUAUUCCUCCUGUUGAACCAAAACCUCUUCCGAAAAAGAAUAAAAAUCUUUUGUUUUCGGCUGUUGGUAAAGUCGUUUUUCAAUAUGCUGCUCAAAAGAAUAAACACGCUGGAGACGUCAACUAUCAAGAACCACGUGUGCCGUCUGUUUCUCCGCCCCCUUACAAUGACGUAACUGCCGUCGAUGCGGACUAUAACCCAUAUUGGCUUCCUCCUAUACCGACGGACAACCAAGAAAUGAGUAGGUUACCAGACAACAUGUACAUUGGAAACGCAUAUCCUGAUACUGAAAUUGUGGCAAUACAGCCCAGUGAAAUCUCCAGACGUUGACCAGUUAUUUUUGUUGCACAAUGUCGUUAAAUUGUCUACUAGAAUGUACACCGGAAAUGCUGAAUCUAAACUUGUGGUAAUACCUGCCAGUGAAAUUUCCAAACGCUGACCAUGCUUUGUUAUGAUGAUAUAAAAGUGUAUCAUUUCGUUAAUGUAAGAAUAUAAAAUAAUUUAAUGAAGUACACUGACAGAAGAACUCCCUAUCUCAAACGCUCUAUAUCAAGUCGUUUGUGUAGCUUUUAAUUUAUGGCCGAAAUAAACGUAGAUUUACAAUUUGCCUUUAAUAAUUGUUUUGAAAGUGACCUUAACAAAAAUAGUUUGUUUUUCACGUCAAUCAGCAUGUUUUGCAAAAUGAGUUACCAUAAAUUUAUUAAAUAUUACUUUUAUAACAUAGAUCAAUGUAAGCGUUAUGUGAUUAUCUGUGUUGUUACGUAUGUUGCUGCUGCAGUUGAUUGAUAUUAGUGCCCGUCUACACCUAUCCAAGUCUUGAAUGCAAGUAUCAUAUUCUCUUGAAUUGGAUAGUGUAGACACCCUACUUGAAUGGUUUUUAACGAGAAAUUAUGUGACAUCCAUGAAGAUAAUUUCUUGCAAGAAAGUUAGAACACGUUCUAUUUUUCUACAAGUU